CAUUGACAAAGAACCAAUUUUUGUUUCUCUGUCUCUCUAUAUGUGUCUAAGAUUCAUGUUUUUUGAGGCUUAGAUUGGAAAUCAUCAGCUCUAGCUAAGAUCAUUUGGGUUAUCUGUGAUUGUGCUUUGCUUUGAGAAAUCACUGGAGAGAUGUUUGUAAUUGAGGAUAAACUAGGAGCUAUUGCUCUGAUGCAAGUUUCUCUUCUUCUCUUGGGCACUUGGCCGGCAUUUCUGACUCUAUUAGAGCAACGUGGCCGUCUACCUCAACAUACGUACCUUGAUUACUCUCUCACUAAUUUCUUUGCUGCGGUUUUCAUUGCUCUCACAUUUGGUCAAUUGGGAGAUGCCAAGCCAAACUUCUUCACUCAGCUUUCUCAGGACAACUGGCCCUCAGUCCUGUUUGCAGUUGCAGGUGGAAUUAUGCUUAGCCUCGGGAACCUUGUUACACAGUAUGCCUUGGCUUUUGUUGGUCUGUCAGUGACUUUGGUCAUUACAGCAAGUUUGACAGUUGUUAUAGGCACAACCAUGAACUAUUUCUUAGAUAAUCGGAUUAAUAGAGCAGAGAUUCUUUUCCCCGGAGUUGCUUGCUUUCUUGUUGCAGUUUGCCUUGGAGCUGCUGUUCACUCAUCCAAUGCCGCUGAUAAUGCCCAAAAACUUGGCGGUUUUUCAAGUCAACACAAAGAUCAGUCAUCACCAGACAUGGAACAAAUCCAUCUUCUACGUGAUACCCCUGGGUACAAUGAUCAGGAAUCGAACAAAGAUGCGGAGAGUGGUAUAUCCUAUACUCCAGACGAUGUCCUGAAGGCAGAAAAAGUGGAACCAGGAAGUGCAAAAUUCCUCCUUCAGCUUGAGCACAGAAGAUCUAUCAAGGUGUUAGGAUCUGAUAUUUUCUUAGGCCUCAGCAUGGCAUUCUUUGCUGGUAUUUGCUUUUCACUCUUUUCGCCGGCAUUCAACUUGGCCACUAAUGAUCAGUGGCAUACCUUGAAAGAAGGAGUGCCUCAUUUGGUGGUCUACACUGCAUUCUUCUAUUUCUCCAUCUCUUGUUUUGUUCUUGCAACUAUCCUAAAUAUCUACUUCCUAUAUAAUCCAAUGCUUGGACUGCCGAAAUCAUCUUUUACGGCAUACUUGAAGGAUUGUAAAGGACGACACUGGGCAUUGUUAGCUGGGCUUAUUUGUGGCUUUGGAAAUGGAUUUCAGUUCAUGAGCGGUCAAGCUGCAGGAUAUGCUGCAGCUGAUUCUGUUCAGGCAUUGCCACUUGUUAGUACCUUCUGGGGUGUAGUCCUUUUCGGAGAAUACCGAAAAUCAUCCAAAAAAACAUACAUACUUCUUGCAAGCAUGUUGUUCAUGUUCGCCGUCGCAGUUGCUGUUCUUAUGGCUUCAUCAGGCCAAAGAAAGACAUCAUUCAACAGCUGAAGUUCAUGCUUAGAUUCAUAUCUUAGAUUCCUACCAAGAUUCCAAAUUUAUGGUAAUAUUGAUCAAUCAUUGUGAAUUUGUUGAUCAAUUAUUGUGUUAUUUACUUAUUUGAUAAACCAGAACAUUGUUUGUAGCAUAUCAUGGCCUGUGUAAAAUUUUUUCCUUGGUUGUAAAAAAAAUUGUAUGUGUAAAUUGAUUGAUGUGUCUUUGUUAA